CUGUACAGAUUAAGAGUUAACAGGGGGGAACUGGAAUGUCUCAUCAAGCUGUUCGACAGGCUGGUGGGCAAGCCCGACGACCACUUGACUGCCAUCGGCUUUGAUCGUGCCAUGUUCAGAGAAGCCCUGCACGCCACCUUUGGCAUGACCGAUGAUGUGAUCAUGGACAGAGUGUUCCGAGCUUUUGACAGAAACAACAAAAACCGCAUCAGUGCAGUGGAAUGGGUGGAAGGCUUAGCGGUAUUUCUUCGGGGGACAAUGGCAGAAAAGAUGAAAUACUGUUUCCAGGUUUAUGACCUGAAUGGUGAUGGAUACAUUUCAAGAGAGGAAAUGUUUCAGCUGCUGAAAAACAGCCUUUUUGAACCAUCAUCAUCAGAAGAAAAUGCUGAUGAGGGAAUAAAGGACUUGGUAGACAUAACAGUGAAGAAAAUGGACUGUGAUCACGAUGGCAAGAUUUCUUUUAUGGACUUUGAAAAAGCAGUCGGAGAUGAAAAUCUGCUCUUGGAAGCCUUUGGACCAUGUUUGCCAGACAUAAAGAGCACCAUGGCAUUUGAAAAGACAAUUUUUGGGGAAAAUCUCACACUGUAA